AUGGCGAUGAGCUCAAGUGUAGUUGAGAUAGAACCAAGUGUUAAGUCAGCUCAGCCAGAAAAUCAAUGCACCACUUUGGAAGUAUGUUACAAAGGAGGCAGUGGAAGGGGUUAUGGUGUCAUUGCUUGCCCCAAAGUCACAUCAGAACAGCAGUCGGAAAUGCUAGAACUUCUAGAUUCUUGUCAGCAACAGUUGAGUAUCAGAGCACCUAAAAAGGUUCUUCUGCCUCCCUCUUCAAGUUUGACAGGAAGUGGUUCGAGUUAUUUUCCCUUAGACGAGAGGGAUAGUGCGGCGAAGAAGAUAAGGGGAAUGCUACAACCUAUUAAGAAGACUUGGAGAGAAACCGGUGUGAGUUUAUGUACGAAUGGAUGGACUGAUUAUCGAAGGAGGCCAUUGAUUAAUAUGAUGGCUGCAUGUUCCAAUGGGGCUAUUAUGUUGAAGGCAAUCAAUUGUGAAUGGCAAUACAAAGACAAGUUUGAAGUUAGUAGAUUGCUCUUGGAAUCCGUCAAUGAAAUUGGUUCCGGUAAUGUGAAUACUUUGAAAGAAAAAUCUCAUUUACUGGGUGAGCAAGUAGAUGAAGAGUUGGGGUGGCUUAUGAAAGUUGUGAAUAAUGUUUAUACCAUCAAGAACUUUAUCUUGAAUCACAACAUGUGGUUGUCUAUGUAUAAUGACCAUUGCACCUUGAAGUUGCUUAGUGUUGCCGAGACAAGAUUUGCUUCUCAUUAUGUGAGUCUUAAAAGGUUUAAGGAAGUGAAGAAUGACAUGCAACAAAUGGUUAUAAGUUCAAGAUGGGACAUGUAUAAAGAAGAUGAUGUUAAUAAAGGAAGAGAUGUGAUGGCUUUGCUAUUGAAUAAUUAUUUUUGGGAGAAGAUUGAUUGUAUGAUUGGAUUCAUGGGUCCUAUAUAUGAGAUGAUAAGGAUGAGGGAUAUGGAUAGGCCUUGUCUUCACUUAGUUUAUGAGUAG